AGAACGUCACUUGAACUUGGACAAGUUGCCAACGUCUUCCCCACACUUUUCACUGAUGGGUCAUAUCCGCCACAGUCUAAGCUCUAGACCUCAAAAACCGAUAGCUGUAAAGGUUUCAAGACAUAGCAAUACGUGACUAGCUCAAAUUUUCCUAAACGACAUCGGAUUCAGCUAGUAUCACAUUGAAGCCAAUGCUGAAUCUGCGCAACCUUCUCAAUGUGUCAAGGACUCAGUUUCCGAAUCAUGUUCACCCACCAUCGAGGGUCUCCUUGCGACAGAAUAUCCAUACAAAUCACUCGUCUGUGAAUACACUUUCACGAAGAAAGUGGGCAAUACGGUUUGCCUGCAGCACGGUACUUGUCGGGGCGAUAUGGCAAAUCGAUAAAAAAUUCAAUGCAUCUGCCAUAGGAAGGAAUUUUCGGACCUUUACGACAUGCAUGCUGAUCGCCUUAGACUAUAAAUGGAACUUCACGCACGCGAAAAGUGACCAGAUACCUGCUCUUCAUGAGCGUGUGGCGGAGAGAAUAUACCACCUACUCACAACCAAUGGCGGACUGUACAUCAAAAUUGGGCGCGCCGGGUCUUUGAGAGUGCUCUGAGGCAUUCUGCUCAAUCAUGGCGCGAUGCACUAGACUUCCUAAAGUUUCUUAUCAUGACACUGAAAUGAGAAAUCUUCCUACGGAGGUGGGGGUUGAACCGUUUACGUUGUGCCUUCUCGAUAACUGGUCUACUAUUAUGGGAAAACUAAUACUAUAGUGUCUGCGAAUGCGCUCACAAAAAGUUAUUAACGCUCCCUGUUUCUCUUACAGGACAAGCUAUUGCAAAUAAUGCUGCCUUACUUCCUCGCCCCAUCCAAGAAAAGUUUACGAAGCUUUUUGAUGAUGCUCCUCAGGUCGAAUAUGAAGUUGUUCGACAAGUUUUCGAAUCCGAAUUCGGUAAACCAAUGGCAGGACCAGACGGUAUCUUCGAGAUAUUCGAGGAGAGAGCUGCCGCUAGUGCCAGUGUUGCGCAGGUUCAUCGUGCCAAAUUGAAAAGUUCCGAUGGCGAUGGAGUUUGGGUCGCUGUGAAAAUCCAGAAACCUGAUGUCGGUAAACAGGUGGAUUGGGAUUUGGGUACUUUUGGCAUUGUCAUGUGGUUGUAUGAGAAUAUUCUGUUCGAUAUGCCGGUCUAUUUUGUCGUUGAUUUUAUCUCGGACCAUCUGCGCAGAGAGCUUGACUUUGAACUCGAGGCAAAGAACGCAAUGCAGACAGCAAAGCUGGUGGCCAAUGAGCCUCGUCUAGCAGAUCGUGUCUACAUCCCAAAGGUGUAUCCUGAAUAUAGCACCAAGAAAGUCAUGACCGCAGAAUGGAUCGACGGUGUUCGACUUAGCGACCGAAGAGGUAUCAUGCAUCUUAUGGGUGAAGAAGACACCGACCUUGACCUCAGUCCGACUACUUCGCGCACUCCACCUGCACCUCCCUUUCCAUCCCCAUUAAAAGGUGGCGUUGCGUCCAUCAUGUAUACCAUGGUUGAACUCUUUAGUGCCCAGAUUUUCAGCUGGGGCUGGGUGCAUUGUGAUCCUCAUCCAGGAAAUAUCAUCAUCCGACCUCACCCCGCUAGACCUAAAUACCCGCAGCUCGUUUUAAUCGACCACGGACUGUAUGUUCGCCUCUCCGACGACUUCCGGAGACAAUAUGCAACUCUGUGGAAAGCACUUCUGACUGUGGACGUAAAUGUUAUCAAAAGUACUGCCUCGGAAUGGGGCAUCGGAACUCCGGAUUUGUUCGCAAGUGCGACCCUGCUUCGGCCAAUGUCGUUCAGUAGCCAGGAUUAUCCUGAGGCUGCAAAGUUUGCCGCAGACCUGGAGAAGAUGGAUCAAUAUGAGAAGGGUGUCAUGAUGAAGCAGAGACUGAAGAAUUUCCUGACGGAUACGGAUAAGAUGCCCAAGGAGCUGCUCUUCAUUGGAAGGAAUAUGAGAAUUGUUCAAGGGAAUAACCAAACAUUCGGCUCCCCUGUGAAUCGAAUACGUAUCACAGGAUACUGGGCCUCUCGGUCGUUAGCCCGGGAACCUCAACCAAGCCUUCCCGCCCGCAUCCGUGAAUACGUUGAUUACUUUAUUUUCCUCACUAUGACAUUCGCUAUCGACAUUGCCUUCUACUUCACCAAAUUCAAGGCUUGGGUAAGAACCAAGCUGGGCUUGCAAAGCGAAGGAUUUGAGGAUGUGCUGGAGAGGAGUAUGCGCGAGUUUGCGAAAGCUAAUUUUGGUCUGGAAAUUGGGGAUAACGCUUUCUUAGGUUGAGCGCGGGCAUACUCUGGGAUUUUUGUAUCGUAGCUAAUACAUAAUCGAUCCUCUGAACCAUCUUACUAUGCGAAGUUCCUUGCUUGUCGUGUUCG